AUGACCCAGCUGCGAACCUGGAUAGCAGGUAAAAUAGUGAAGGUGUUUAUGGCAAUAAGAGAAAAGCAGAGAAAUGCAGUCUUGGAGCUGUCAUCCCUGACCCUCAUGGUACAGCUGCUCUGCCCAUCUCCCAAGCGCAGGCUCAUCGGACCCUGCCUGGAGGAGGCAGCAGGUGAGAGCUGUCAUGCAAUACUUGCUCCUGCUCCCUUGGAAAGACAUCUGCUGAGGCAGAGCGGACUUUUAGGUAUCCCUUGCUGUCUUUACCAGGUUAUAGUGAAUUCUAAGUUGGCGCAGCGGCUGGCCGAGGAGGUGCCCCAGGACGUGGCCUCGUUCCUCUACACGGGUGACUCGCGGGAGCUGCGGCGUGCCAACUGCUCUGGCAGGUACGAGCUGGCCAGCCUGGCCGGCAAGUCGCGCUUCGCCUCGCACCCCUCCUUGCACGGCGCCCUGGACACCCUCACCCACGCCACCAACUUCCUCAACAUGAUCCUCCAGAGCAAUAAGUCGCGGGAGCAGAACUUCCAGGAGGACCUGGAGUGGUACCAAGCCUUGAUCAGGAGCCUCCUGGAGGGGGACCCCAACAUCUCCAAGGCAGCUAUCACUUUCAGCACGGAGCCUUUCUCCUCCACCCCCCAAGUUUUCCUGCAGGCCAGCAGGCACGAGAGCCAGAUCCUCCUGCAAGACUUGUCCUCCUCGGCUCACCGCCUGGCGAACGCCUCCGUGGAGACCGAGUGGUUCCACAGCUUGAAGCGCAAGUGGAGGCCGCAUCUGCACAGGAAGGCCCUAAACACGGGCCCCAAAACUUUGGAGAACAGCUGGAAGAGGCGAGAGAGCUUCACUGCUGAUAAGAACCACAUCAGGUGGUCGUCACCUUUCCUGGAGUGUGAGAAUGGGAAUUACAAACCCGGCUGGUUAGUGACUCUCUCGGCAGCUUUCUAUGGACUACGACCAAACCUGUUCCCCGAAUUCAGAGGUGUUGUUAAAGUCGACAUAAACCUGCAGAAGGUGGAUAUUGACCAGUGUUCAAGUGAGGGGUGGUUUUCAGGCACUCACAAGUGUCAUCUCAACAGUUCGGAGUGCAUGCCAAUUAAAGGCCUUGGAUUUGUGCUUGGAGCCUACAAAUGUAUUUGCAAGGCUGGAUUCUAUCAUCCCAACAUCUUUUCAGUGAACAGCUUUCAGAGAAAGGAUGCAGAUAAUCGUUUUUCUGGGGGUGAGUUGUCGGAGGAAGUCUACACCUGCCUGCCCUGCAGGGAAGGAUGUUCAUACUGUACAGAUGAUACUCCCUGCUAUGCACAGGAGGACAAGUAUUUGCGGCUCGCUAUUAUCUCAUUCCAAACGCUCUGUAUGCUGCUGGACUUCAUAAGCAUGCUGGUAGUCUACCAUUUUCGCAAGGCAAAGAGUAUCAGGGCUUCAGGGCUGGUUCUUUUGGAAACCAUUCUUUUUGGAUCACUCCUUCUGUACUUCCCGGUUGUCAUUUUGUAUUUUGAGCCAAGUGUAUUUCGCUGUGUUCUCCUAAGAUGGGUUCGUCUUCUGGGCUUUGCUACUGUUUAUGGAACUGUGACGCUCAAGCUGCACAGGGUUUUGAAGGUAUUCCUGUCCCGAACUGCUCAGCGUAUUCCAUACAUGACGGGUGGACGAGUGAUGAGGAUGCUGGCUGUAAUUCUUCUGAUAGUCUUUUGGUUUCUUGUUGGCUGGACUUCUGCAAUAAACCAAAAUUUGGAGAGAAACAUUCCACUCAUUGGCCAAGGGCAGACAUCUGACCACCUGAUCUUCAACAUGUGCCUCAUAGACCGCUGGGAUUACAUGAUGGCUGUUGCUGAAUUUUUAUUCCUCUUGUGGGGUGUUUAUCUCUGCUAUGCAGUGCGGACAGUCCCAUCAGCAUUUCAUGAGCCACGUUAUAUGGCUGUUGCAGUUCACAAUGAGCUCAUUAUCUCUGCUAUAUUCCAUACAAUUAGAUUCAUACUUGCUUCAAGACUUCAGUCUGACUGGAUGCUGAUGUUGUUCUUUGCACACACACACUUGACUGUGACAGUCACUGUUGGGCUACUUCUGAUCCCUAAGUUUUCACAUUCAAGCAAUAACCCAAGAGAUGAUAUAGCUACAGAAGCAUAUGAAGAUGAGCUUGACAUGGGUCGAUCUGGAUCUUAUCUGAACAGCAGUAUCAAUUCAGCAUGGAGUGAACAUAGUUUGGAUCCUGAAGACAUUCGGGAUGAGUUGAAGAAACUGUAUGCCCAGCUUGAAAUCUAUAAAAGGAAAAAGAUGAUUGCUAAUAAUCCACAUCUCCAGAAAAAAAGGUGCUCUAAGAAGGGCUUGGGGCGGUCAAUAAUGAGACGUAUUACAGAAAUCCCAGAGACAGUCACAAGGCAGUGCUCCAGGGAUGAGAAGGACCUGAUGGAGCACAGUGCUGUAAAGAGCACUGCUGCAUUGAGGAAAAACCCACAGGAUUCCACAAGUUAUGUAAAGCCAAAGGAAGAGACUUUAAAAAACAGAGUAUUUUCAUUAAAGAAGUCCCACAGCACUUAUGAUCAUGUUAGGGAUCAAACAGAAGAACCCAAUAGCUUAGCUAGAGAAAGCGUAGAAGUUGUAACUGCUGAAAAUUCACUUCUGGAUUCCUUGACUGAGAACAAAUUAACCAAAAAAGCUACUGAAAAAGUUGAAGCUGCGUCCACUGAAUCGGUCCCUUUGGUGUGCAAAUCAGUAAGUGCACAUAACUUAAGUGCAGAUAAGAAGCCUCUGCAUCCAAGAACAUCUGUGUUACAAAAAUCCCUCAGUGUUAUUGCUAGUGCCAAGGAAAAGACUCUAGGACUAACAGGUAAAACGCAAAGUCUUGAAGAAAGCACUAAAUCUCAUAAAUCUCAACUGAAGGGUAAGGAGACCAGUAAAAAACACUCAGUCUCUGAUAAAGGGGAGCAUAAGGAUUCCCACUGGAAGAACUCUACACACUCUGAGGAGACAAAGAAAACCCAUAAAUCUGGAAUUAUGAAACAACAAAGGGUUAGUCAGCCAUCUGCAAAUCCUGACACAGGCCCCAGUAAGUCUCUGCACAAGGAUAAUUUUGACAUAGGAGAAGUUUGUCCUUGGGAGAUAUAUGAUCAAACUCCUGGUCCUGUGCCUUCUGACUCUAAAGUUCAAAAACACGUGUCUAUUGCUUCCUCGGAAUCAGAGAAAAAUCACCCUUCCCAGCCAAAGGGGAAAUCUCAUCAUAAGCUGAAGACAGCUGAGGGGUAUCAACCAUCAAAUCAAAAGAGCUCAGAGAAGUUGGAGACAGCCUCAUGGGAGACACAAGAGCAACAGGCUUUUGAAAAUGAGAAAAAUCAGGUGAAUUCCAAGUGUCAGGUCACCCCUGGGUUGACAUGUGAGAAUGUUAAUAGAUGUGCACCCACUCUCUGUGCUGGGGAGUAUGAGGAACUACCCCAGAAAGCAACAGAAAAGGAAAACCUCAAUAAAUUGGCAGAACAGAAAAGAAAUGCCUCUUCUGAGGGAAAUGUGGUUUCAUCUGACUCCCAUAGGCCACGUAGUUACUUACAGCAACCUUUAGCAUCUCGAGCUGAAGUCUGCCCUUGGGAGUAUGAUACACCGGAUUUACCAAAUGCAGAAGGAAGUGUAGCUUUAUCAAACACCUCUACUAUAAGUGCAAAUAAAACAGCAACACCUCGAAAAUAAGAGGUUUUGGACUGAGGAGAGUAGCAACAUUAAGAAGACAACAGGAAAGACAGAGGGGACUUAGGCCAAAAGGAUCUGAAAAUUCCUAAGGAGCAUCACUUAAGAGAAUCAGCACAACACAUAAGUAGGAAAUAAGCAGAGUAAAUUAUUAUUGUUCUUAUUUUUCAUUUGUUGAGUGCCAGCAGUGUGAUUUGCAGUGUCCAGAAUGUGGUCCCUGCUGCAAGGAGUUAACUGUGUCAAUGAAAGAAACCUGCCUUUGUGAAGUCACUUCUCUUUUAAAAGAAAAAAAAAUGUUGAUAACAAGCGCACACCGUAUAUCUUAAGAGAAUUAUUUCUGAAUGCCCACAACUGGCUUUAACUUGCCCUUGGGACUUUAAAGAUCCAACAGAAGUAGGGCACAGAAAAUGUCCUGGUGGCAAAUGGGGUAUCAACGAGCAGCUUAUUAUUAAUGACGACUUUUCACUUUGCAUAUUUAAUCUUGAUAGCACUGCUAACUCAAUGCAUCCCAAAAAUACAUUUUAUAUAAUGCUCUCAUUUUCUUAUUAAUGUAUGUUUAAGUAUAUCGUUGUGUCUAAUAUUAAAGCAUUCCAGAUUGUAUAAUUUUUGCAAAUAACUUUGAUAUUAUGUGACACAACAACACAUUUAUGCAAUCUGCAGAUACUUUCUUCUUAUUGCAACUUAAAAUACCUGCUAUAGACUUUUUGUUUACAUAUAGAAUUACAGUAAUCUUUCACUGGCUAUGGAAGCCGUAACUUCUAUGGGGAAAUUCCUUUGGGCUUUGAGAGAUUUUUUUUUCCUUUGCUGUGAUUUAUAUAGUGAUUUUUUGUUCUACUCUCUGUUAUUUAAAUUUAUAGUUUGAUACGGUAUUAUUCAGGGGUUUUAUACAAGGUAAGUUGCUUGUUGUGCACUUCCCUGGUAACGCUCAUAGACUUUGUUAAUAGCAGAAAUCAAGUCGUCUUAGCUGCAUAUUCUGGUAAGUCUUAGGACAACUUAUCUGUUGUUUGUUAAAAAUUGGAAAAUAUCAUCUAACUGGAAUUCCUACUUUAAUCAUCGUUAUCUUGUUCAGUAAUUCAUACUGAGCAUAUCCUACUAAAUGAACCAGGGUAGAAUGACAACAGAUAUACCAUGAAAUUAUGACCUAUUUUCCUGAAAAUAUACAACUCUGCAAAAUACAUUACCUAGCUCAUUUAGCACAACAUUUAACAUUUAUCCCUAUUGGCAAACCUCCAAAAAUUGUCCUUUAGACAUCCGCAAGUGAGGAGAGAAAUCUAAAACGUUACUUUUCCCCCAUAUAUGCAACUGCGAGAGACAGAUGGGAAUAGAAAUUAUGGCAUCUCUCUCUCACUCUCCAACAUGCUUUGAUUUGUUUUUAUCUAUACAUAUAUUUACAGUAAAAGUUAAUAUUUUAUACAGUUCUAAUUUUCAGUAAUAGCUACAGUCCUCAUCCUGCAUAUGAGCUUAAUUCAUAGAUGGCCCAUUCACAUCUAUGAGCCUUAGGGCAUAAACACUCAUGGUAGGAACAGGGUCUAAGGGGUAUUGUGGAGGAUCUGAGAAGUAACACUAAUAAUAAAAAGCUAGGUACCACCCUCACCCGUCUGAGUUUAGUUCCAGUACAGUGCUAUUUACUAGAAUUGUCUGUACAAACAAUAACCCAAAAUAAAGACAGUCCCAGUCCUAAAGAACUUGUGCAAUUUGAGAGAAGUGAUGGGAUUCAGUGGAAGAACGGGAAAUGAGGAUGAUUGAAUAGGAUGUGUUGUUUAAUAUAUAUAAUAUAUAUAUAUAUAAAAUAGAUAUUUAUAUAUGUUUAAUAUAUAUAUAUAACAUGUCAUAUCUAAUACACACUUGCACAUACAUGUCUGUAGUAUAAACUGAUUUUUGUGGCAUCAUAGAAAAGGUGGCUUAAGAUAAAAUGCAAAGAGCAGAGGGACUUGGACAAGCUAGGCACGAGGAGGACAUUUCUUGUCCUUUAAAAAGGACUGGAGAGUUUGGGCACAUCUGCCCUGACAGAUCAAGACAGAUCAGAUCUUCCUACUGCCUCUGCUAAGCUCAAACCUGGAACAUGCAAACACCUGAACUAGCUGGAGACAAGACAGCUCAGGUGUCAGCCUGGGUGAACAUAUUAGCCUUGCUCGUAUACUUUGCCAAGAGUCUUGAGCUCAUUAGCUCCAGAUUAAAGUGGCUGGACUGCCCCAGAGCAAUUUGGUGAGUCUAGGUGGUGCUGUGUUGCACCGCAGAGACUUGCUGACUUGGGUGUUUGCUGUCCUGGGCUCAUCUGAUUCUCCCACCACUCUUUUGUAGGAUGUAGUUAUGGCCUUUGCUUUCUGCACACUUCUCUUGGCCGGGACCUUUGCAACCUGGCAUCCCUCCUCACCUGUGAAAGGGAGUCAUGCACAGAUCUGAUACCGGAUGCUUUGAACAUCUCCACACGCACUUUGCACACGCAGUGCCAGUGGCAUCCCAAAUUCAGCCUAAACCCAGCUCUGUGCAUGCUGUGGAAAAGAGCUGAGGUUGGAGUGGGUGUGCCCAGAUCCUCCCUUUCCAAUCCCAAACACUUAAAGAAUUUGGCAAGAAAUUUUCUGUCAGCUUCAGCAGGAUUUGAUCAGGUCUUCAGAGAGAAGGUAAUUCUAAAUUUCCCUGCAUGGGAUAAGUCUGUCCUGGGAACACAGCUCUUCAGGAGUCCUGCUGGAGCACACUAAGCCCUCUCCAGAGUGGUGCACAACCUUAAACCUGCUAAGUGUGGUGACCACUUUGUGCCUCUCCUACUCUGGAAAGGCAACGGUGCCCCAGGAGACUCUGCAGCACUGCCAGGUGAGCGUUAGUGUGACCACGGGACACCAUACAGCAGGGUGUCCCAGCUCACACCCAGUUGUCUGCACUUUGUCAGAGCCAGAUGCUGAUAUUAGAAAAAGGUAUCUGCAGGGGAAUUGUGAAAGGGAAUAAUAUCUUGUGCAUACUCUCUGCCUUUUGGAUGCAUGUUCAGAAGGAGCAGGCCCCAGCCCCCUCCACCCUCACUCAUCCUGCCCUCCUUUUUAGCCCUCAGAGCUGAGCGAGGACAUGCUGCCUCUGCACUGUGGAUGGAUGUCACGUGCGCCAAGGGCAGGGGUACCACAUCAGCAAACUACCCAGGCAGCGCCACUGUCCCCUGCAUCACUGGCAGGAUCAAGCCCUUCAUGUGUGACCGUCUGUGGCACCACUGAUCCGUCUGCAAUUCCUCUCUGGUUUUAUUCUUCUUUCUUUCUUCCUCUUUCUUUGUUUCUCUUUCUUUUCCUUCCUUCCUCCCUUCCUUCCUUUCUCUCUCUCUCUCUCUCUCUCACUUCAACGCUUGCUCACUUUCUCUCACGUGCUUUUUCUCCCUUUCUCUUUCUUGUAUUUCUCUUUAUUAGACACACAGAAACAAAAGUCCACUCCUAAACUGGUGUAAAUCAGCCCAGCUUCAUUGCAAGCAAAAGAGUGAUUUACCAGGCAAGGCACUGGCUACUAUAUUCUUGGUUUUUUUGUUUUCUUUCAUCCUGACCCUUUCCCUCGCUUCUUAAAAAAUGUCUGUUAUGGUUUUUUAGGUUUGUUGUAGUCAAAUAUCCUAAGACUGAUACAAUUGGAGACCUUUCCUUUAGAAAGCAAUGAGGCUUUACCUUGUUUAUUUAGCAACUGAUAUGUGGGCUACAGAUUUAAUUGGUACUUUAGAUUAUUUUGCACUUAAGAAAAUGAGGGGCCAAACUUCACUCAACUGUUAUAUUUCACUAUGAUGCUGCUAGAAACAUUGCUUAAUGAAGACAUACUAAGUUAGACAUAAACGAUGUUCUGUGUUUCAUAGAUUUAUCUCCACCAGCAUAUAUUGGCUAGAUUGCUUAGUUGUCUCUUUCUGGAGUUUCAUUGUCAUUAUUCAGCCAAGAAAAGUGCAACUCUAGAAUUAAGAUGUUUUCUAGCAGAUCUGUUAAGAGAAAAGAUAGUACUAAGGUCACAAACAUUUGCUAGGUUGUCCUUUUAAAUGCAUGUGCAGGCUGCAUUUUUCCUUUAUUUCUAAGCCAUGAUUUAUAAAUAAUUAGAUUUAUACCAAUCUCAUUAGACUUGUAUAAUUUAUGCAAGAUUAUACGCUUUAAAAUAUAAAUCAAUACACACCUAUCAUCAGCUUUGGUGGCAUCAUAGACCUGAAACCGGACAAUACUUUUAUAUUUGCUCUCCUUAGGCUUUUGCAUGCAUAUGACAACAGGCAGGCCUGAGAAAACACUGCCUUUUGACUUUUAACAUUUUAGCUACUCCAAGUUGUAGGGUAUAUAAAGCUGUAAGUCUCUUCACUUUAUAAUGUGGUUCUUAUAACAAUGUUAUCUGGCAACCUACAGCAUCCACCAUGAAAUACUUGAUAGAUUUAUGUUGUAAUGUGUUGCAGCAUGUAAAUAAUGUAACUUCUCUGCAAUAAAGCACAUUUAUAUGAAAGCUA